AUGGAUGAUUGUUUUGUGAAAUCCAUUUGGCCUUAUGAGGAGAUGGAUUUUAUGGAAGUGGAUUCAGAUGGUAGUGCAGGUGGACUAUUGUGCAUUUACAGGCCAGACAUUUUCAAGCUCAGAGACUGUUGUUGUGGUAAGAAUUUUAUUCUUCUAUCAGGUACAUCAUGCUAUUCUUUUGAGUGUGUCAUUGUCAAUAUCUAUGCCCCGAAUGAGACUGUGUGUAUGAGACAGCUAUGGGAGCUUCUGGUUAAUGUAUACCCACAUUAUUCAAAUCCUUGGUGUGUGGGUGGGGAUUUCAAUGAAAUUAGGCUCAUGUGUGAGAGGAAAGGGUGCUCAAGAAGGGACAGGGGGAGGAAGGAUUUUAAUGAGUUUAUUGACAAGAUAGAUAGAUUCCUGUUGGAUCCAAGGUGGUUGGAAAAGUUCUCUCUCAAGCAAUGGGGUCUAUCUAGAACCAUAUCAGAUCACUGUCCCAUUCUAUUGAAGGAGGAUGAAAGGGAUUGGGGUCUCAAACCCUUUAAGUUCUUAAAUCCUUGGCUUUCACACCCUACCUUUUUGACUGAAGUUAAACAAAUUUGGGAGAAUAUUCAAGUAUCAGGAUCGGCAGGGUAUAGAUUAAUGAGGAAUUUGAAAGAACUAAAAUCUCACCAAAGGGUGUGGAACAAGGAGGUGUUUGGUAAUAUUGAUAAUCUUUUGAAGUCAGCUGAGGAGGAGUUGCAUGAUUGGGAUUUGAAGGCAGAAUCUCGAACUCUAGCUGAUGUGGAACUCAGCAAAAGAAGAGAAGAUAGAAGUCUGGUCUGGAAAUUAAGUAGAGAUAAAGAGAGGUUGCGGCUUUAA